CCUCACUUCCUCUUACAAUUGUCGUCGUCUGCUUUCAGGAUGAUAAUCACCGGCGAUCUCGACUACGACGUUCGUGUUUGGGCAGCAAAGAAUAUAUUCGUAAAUGGCUCGUGUCCGGAGAUUUACAAACCGUUGAUUGUGGGAGGAAUGAGCACAUUCUACAUGUACGUGUUCCCGGUGCAGUUCUUCCUUGGUGUCAUCGGAAAUGCGCUCAAUCUUUGCGUUCUACUCAGUCGUCACAUGCGAAGCGAAGCGAAUUACCUCCUGUCAGCGCUGGCCAUAGCUGACAUCUUGCUAUUUUUGACUAUGCUUCCAUCUGCACUAGGCGUUUGGCCAUCUUUUUACACCAAUGACUACUUCAGAAGAUUUUACUACCACUCGCAUACUGUACGUCACUGGUUCUCUAAUGUAUUCUCAUGCAUGACAUGCUGGUUGAUAUUAGCCGUAUCAGUUGAAAGAUACAUGGGUAUCUCAUCACCAAUGCAUAAUCGAAGUGAAUGGAGACAUUCGCGAGUCAGCUACUUGAUGUUUGUGGUGAUCAUUGGAAGUCUUUUACUUACUGCUUUUCAUCAUUUCGAGUACAAAUACGGCUAUGCCACUAUGUGCAACGGAACCCUCACCUAUGCAAAGCUAGUGCCAAUUGAACGUCUUGUACCCUACAUCUCGACCCUCCAAGUGCGCGUGGUAACAGUGCUGAAGAUGUUGCAAAUAAUACUUGUCGUUAUACUGCCGUUGAUUGGCAUCGUUGUUCUCAACUUGAGAAUAAUAUUGGUGUUGAGACGAAGCAGUGUGUUAGUUACCAGAUCGGCCAAAAACAGCACCGAUGACCCAAAUGAUGAAUUCUUGCGUGAUACGGAUUCUCGCCAGAAACGCGACCGAAAAGUGACGAUCACUGUGUUAGCCAUCAUCGCAUGUUUCUUCCUGACACAUACCCCCUCAACUGUUCCCUUCAUUCUGGAGUUGAUUUCACCGAUUAUGACACCUUCACAGAGGGACUCUAUCCGAAGAUUGAUGCCCGAACUGGGACCCAUUGUACAUGGAUGGCUCCUGACAGGAAAGGUGAUGAACUUCGUGCUUUUCUGCAUGUCAUCGGUGUACUUCCGACGAAGACUUCGUGCAAUCAUUCAGAAUCAGCUUGGAUGCGAUAGGCAAUUGAAGAAGUACUCUGGAUUAAGCGGUUAUUCUGCGAGAUGGCAAGCCGUACGAAUGAAUACGCUCAUAUACAGGGAGAAUGCAGCUCGACAAAAUAGCUUCAUCACUCAGGUGGAGUAA